AAAAAGUCGUCACAUGACAAAAAUAAGAAAAAGCCUUCAUAUGACAAAAAUAACAAUUUAACUUCUGAAAAACAUAAAAAAUGGAACGAUACUGAAAAAAAUACGAUACCUUCUGUUACAAUCACAAGCUUUUGUAGUGGAAAAGACAGUAACGGAAACAAAACGUUUGUUUCGAAUUUUCUGCUUGCAGAACAAAACCAAAAUCAGUCAUCAUGGAAAAGGCAUUCAUCAAAACGAAAACGAUUUAAAUCAGAUCAACGUUCAAAAAAUAUCAAGCGACCUGACUCAUCCGAUACGAAAUCAUGCAACUUAACAACAAUGAUCAAAAGAAGAAAAUAUUGUUCGUCAGUGACGUCUCGAGAACAUCAAUCUAGCAGCGGGUCUAGUCUGGGACGACCAGAUAAGUUUCUCGAGGAGGAAAGCGAUGCCUCCGAUAAAGACAGGUUUUUUUCAAGUGUUCGCAAUCCGCUAUUGUUAGUCAAGGACUGUCAGUCUGAGUGGCAAUCAGAUAGAAAAGAGGAAGCAUCCUCUGACAACGGGUCAUCAAGUGAAUCAACUAAGUCAUCGGACUGCAAUGUCGGCGGAUCUGAGGACCUAGAAGAUUUUUCAGGAAAUCCUGAUAGCUCCCCAAAACCUUUGAAAUGUAAACACUGCUCGAAGACGUUCCGGCGUAGAUUCAACCUCUCCCGUCAUAUGUUGAUCCACGAGGGAAACGGACCGUACCAGUGUGACAUAUGCAAUAAGAACUGUCAGAGCCGAGGAGACCUAGUGAAGCACCUGACCGUUCACACUGGUGACCAUCCAUUUCAGUGUGACAUCUGUCAAAAGUCCUUCACACAAAAAGUCAAUCUAAAGCGGCAUAUGGCUACACACCUGGACAAGGAUAGGGAUACACCGGAAUCACUGACGAACUGUUUCCGGUGUGGUAUUUGCGAUAAAGGCUUUACACAGAAAACUCACAUGGAACGGCAUCGGCGUCUUCAUACAGGGGAAAAGCGAUACAAGUGUCAUAUAUGUAGUGAGCAAUUUUUCGAGAGUCAUCAUCUAAAGCGACACCUUAUGAAACACGAAAACGGAAAAAUCAUGAAAUGUACUGUCUGUAAAAAGAAAUUUACUAGGCGCCUUGAGUACAGUCGCCACCUAAGAACACACAAUCAGUUCAAGGACUACCGACUCUACACUUGUGAUACAUGUGACCGCGGUUAUGAUACCCGUCAUGGUUUAGUUAAGCACAUGUUGAUCCAUACUCGUGAGAAACCGUUUAAUUGCACUGUUUGCAACAAGUCAUUCAGGUGCAAAGAUAGUUUUCGUGAGCAUAAUAAGGGUAUUAAACAUAAAAGCCGAUUGUUGAAGUUCGAGAGACGACAAUACAACUAGCAGUCGGAGGGAGGAAACCUGGUCUGCUAGGAUGAGCAAGAACAUAAUUAGCUUGAGUAACGUGACAGUUGGAAGGGUAACCAAAGCAUUAGUCGGAAGAAGGGAAGAGCGUUUGAAACGGGCGACUGGAACAUUAGUUAGAAGGAUGGAUAUCGUUUUACUAGAAGAGCAGUCAGAAUGGUGUACGGAGUAAGGAAAACAUGUUUGCAGUCGGGUGGAAGUAUCUUAUUUGACAGAAACAAUCGACACGUAAAUUGGAAAUUGAUGCGACAGAUACAAUCGAAACAGCAGUCGGAGGCAAAGAAGCUGGUUUAACAAGAACAGUCAUGAUUCAAGUCGGAAGAAGCUGAAAGCACAAACAGAACAAUAAAGCAAACAGCACCGUUUGUGUUGACAAUUUCAACAAUUUUACAUACCUAACUAUGUAUUGGAUCGUUUGUACUGACACGAGCACUGAUGUCAAAUCCCUAUGGUGUUAACUAAAGCUUGAAAUAAAAUGAAACAUAUUUCAUCUAUCAAAAAUCAUGAAGUGCUCACUCAUUGGUUAAGAUUGAGUCAAGAUAUUUGUAACCUCAUAACGGAAAUAAUAAUAAAAAGGACAUUUGUCGAUUUGAAAAGCUGUUUGAAUGUAAUAUAUAUUUAUAUUGUGUAUCGAUAUUUAUAAACUAAUAUAUAUUAACU